AUGAAAAAGACUAUAGUAACUGGGAUAACUGUCUUACUUCCGUUUCUCUUCGGCUAUUUGUGCUUCAUUGCCCAAGCAGUAAUUACAACUUCUCUAGGGCAUCGCUCUCGAGAAGCGAGCUACUUCCGAAAAAGUGAAGAAAUUUUGCAUAAAUUCGACAGCGAAAGGCGCUCAAAUCUUUUAUCAGGCUUACCGAAGCUGUCCACCAACACGUACCUCGAUCGUCGAAAUGCACUGGAUAAUACUAUUGAGUCUCCUAGUCGAGAAAACGCUACCAUUUUGAUGUUGGUCCGAAACUGGGAGCUCGAUGGUGCACUCAAAUCCAUGAGGUCCUUAGAAGAUCGAUUCAACGGUAAGUAUCAUUACGAUUGGACUUUUUUGAAUGAUGUUCCCUUUGAGAAUGCGUUCAUUGAAGCCACUACCGCCAUGGCGAGCGGCAGAACUGCAUACGGGCUGAUCCCACCCUCGGAUUGGAAUAGACCUGAUACUGUUGAUGAAGAAGAUUUUGAAAACUGUCUUCAAUUGAUGGAAGAGAAAGGAGUGAUAUAUGGGGGUUCUAGAUCCUAUAGAAAUAUGUGUCGUUUCAAUUCAGGAUACUUCUUCAGACAGAAGCUCUUGGAUAAUUACCAGUACUAUUUCCGCGUGGAACCAGAUGUGGAAUACUACUGCGAUUUUCCUUACGAUCCUUUCAAACUACUGCGGGAGCAACGCAAAAAAUACGGGUUCGUAAUAUCGAUGUAUGAGUACGAAGACACCAUACCAACUUUAUGGGAUGCCGUUGAGGACUUUAUGGCUGACAAUUCGGAUGUGGUAGACAUGACGGACAACCUAUACCAAUUCAUUACUGACGACAGCGUGAUUGGCAAGGAUGCGCCGAUAAUUCAAUCUAACUCAGCAUACAACCUAUGUCAUUUCUGGUCUAACUUUGAAGUUGGCGACCUUUCAUUUUUUAGAAGUGACGAAUAUCUCAAAUAUUUUGAGGCCCUGGAUGCAAGAGGAGGUUUUUAUUACGAGCGGUGGGGAGAUGCACCAGUUCAUUCCAUCGCGGUCGCUCUUCUAUUAAAGCCAAGCGAGGUGAUCCACUUUGAUCAAAUAGGGUACUACCACGUACCUUUUGGUACUUGCCCUGCGGCUCAUGAUAUGCGGUUGCACCUGCGGUGUCUAUGUGACCCAACCAUGGAGGAGAAUAUCGACAUCCAACCGCAUAGCUGUUUGGUGCGUUGGUGGAAGUGUGGAAGCGGCAAGUUUUUCAUGCAAAAUGCAUGA